CUCUUAUGCUACUUAGCAACAUUUAGAGUACAGGCACGAGGACUUCUUUGGAGUAUUUAAAAGUGUGGAAUGCUGUGUGGAGAAAAGGCCGCUUAGGGGGGGUUGGGUGCCUACAGUAGAUUAGCCAUUCAGGAGCUUACAAUUAUUUUACGUUCCCUAAAUGAAAUCAAUGAGUCAAGGGGAUUGCGUGAUUUAAUCUAAGAUAAUUUCAUUACUGUCUAGCCUUCAGGAGAUUUCAAUUUGUGGUGAAAAUUUGCGCUUUCGGAAGGAAGUUUAAUUCUCUCUCAGGCCUGGAAAUGGAAAAGUUUUUAUUGUGACUCCGUCCCACUGAGGGGACCAGCUCAUUCUACCCUACAGAGAGCUCAACCCCAUUUCUUUGAAGACUUUAAGAGGAACACCACAUCUCACACUCUGAAAAGCAGGAAAUAUUUUCUUUUUCUUUUUUCUUUUUUUUUUUUUUUAAUACAGAAUGGGAGACUAUGAUGUAGAAACUGCAUUUCUCGGACAAACAGGUCCAUUCUUCUGGGCCACGUUCUUUCUCUUAAAUACAGUUUUUGUGUCAACGGGAUUCAACGGACUUUAUAUCAUCUUUGCUGGAGCGGCUCCGAAGCACCACUGUCUCAUUCCAGAUGUCAACCUCACCGAGGAGUGGAGAAAUGCCAUCAUCCCCUUUGCAAAAGUGGACGGCGAACCAGUUCAGAGCCAGUGCAGCAGAUAUAAACUAGAUGUGGUUAGAAAUCUCUCCGCUGAAGGAUAUGUUCCUGGAAGGGACGUUAAUCUCACCAAUCUGCCUCAGGAAGGAUGUUUAGAUGGAUGGCACUACAGCAAAGAUAUGUACCAGUCCACUAUCGUCACUGAGUGGAAUCUUGUUUGUGACAACCAGUGGAAAGUUCCCUUUGCAUCCUCAACUCUCUUUGUGGGAUACCUUCUUGGUUCCCUAAUCUCAGGACAGCUUUCUGACAGGUUUGGGAGGAAAAAGGUUGUGUUUCUGUCUCUCGGUGCCCAGUGUGUCUCAGUCUUGGUGCAGUCCUUCUCUCAUUCAUGGAGGAUGUUCUGCAUCAUGUACCUCUUUGUUGGCGCCUCACAGAUCUCCAUUUACAUUUCUGCAUUUGUACUGGGUACAGAGGUGUUGAGUAAAACUAUGCGAGUUCUCUUCACAACCCUCGGGGCCUUCCUUUUUUAUUGCAUCGGCUACAUGACACUACCAUGGAUUGCAUACGGCAUCAGAGAAUGGAGGACGCUGCUUGCGGUUCUGUCUGCAACAUCUGUGGUUUACAUCCCACUGUGGUGGUUCAUCCCAGAAUCGCCCCGGUGGCUGAUUACUCAGGGAAGAGUGGCAGAGGCAGAGGUCAUUGUGAGAGAUGCUGCAAGGAAAAAUAAAGCUGAGGCGCCGCCUGUAAUCUUUAAAGAAUCUGAGGUGCAGGAUAUGCCCUGUAGCAGGGUAUACACCAUGAUCGAUAUUCUGAAAUCCAAGAACAUCAGAUGCAUCACACUCAUGUGUCUCCUUUUGUGGAUGGCAAUCAACAUUGGAUAUUUUGGUUUAUCCCUAAAUACGUCUAACUUGAGUGGCAACCCCUUUAUGAACUGUUUUUUGUCAGCUAUCACUGAAGUCCCUGCCUAUAUUGUUUCUACUUGGCUUCUCCGGAAAUGCCCAAGAAGAGUACUUCUGUCAACAUUCCUCAUCCUCGGCGGAGGAGUUCUUCUGCUCAUCCAGUUCAUUCCUGACACUUUUCAUAAUGUCGCUCUGACACUGGAAAUGACUGGGAAGUUUGGCUUCACCAUGGCCUUCAGCAUUGUGUACAUCUACACCGCUGAGCUCUACCCAACUGUACUCAGGAAUGCCGGCAUGGGAUUGUGCUCCUCAGCUGCUCGCAUUGGCAGCAUCACAGCUCCCUACGUCAUCUAUUUAGGCACAUAUAACAAAGUGCUACCAUAUAUUUUAAUGGGAAGUCUCACAAUGGCCUCUUCAAUGGUGAACUUCUUCCUUCCGGAGACCCUUCAUAAGGAUCUUCCAGAAACAGUUGAGCAGAUGCAAGAAUAUCGGGGGUUUUGUGGUGGGCCCAAAAGGAAGAAAUAUAUUCAAAAUGGAGCAACUUCCAACUCAUCCCCUCUACAUGAGACCAAAUCUGACACACAGGCUCUCACUAAUUAAUUUAUCUGGUCUUUUUAACAAAAAAAGAAAGUUUCCCUAAUAAAGAUUAUUCACUGAAAUCAUACAAAAGUUAUGGGAAAUCAUAAAACCCACUGACAAGUAUUAUUACUUUUUGUCUCUCCUUAGCUGAUAUUUGUUAAUUCAAUAUGUUUUCUAGAUGCAAAGAGCAAAACGGAUUUGUUUUUCUUUUUUGUUUUACAAAAUUGAAAUACAUGUAAAUGAUUUCCCACUGAUUUUUAUUUUUCAUAUAAUACCUACAAUUCAAAAGUAACAUAAAUCCUCUC